AUGCUUGAAAACAAUUAUUUUACAUUAAUUAUUCUUACUUUCAUUUCAAUUAUAUUUCUGGUUUUAUUCAUUGGAACUAUAACUAUUCUUAUUAAAAUUUACUUUAUUUAUCAAAGAAGAGGCCUCCAUCCGAACCAUGAGGCUAAGACAAAUUCUGAUUAUUCAAGAAGCAUUCAUCAGAGAAAAGAAGGCAUACAAGGCCAACAAAAUACUAAAACAGUUCACCCAAUUAACCACCCUUUAAGUAAAGUUUCUAUCCAACAAGGAGAGAUUGAACCAAUUUCUGGAAUUAUUUUAGUCAAUCCAACACCAAAGGCAGCAACUCCUUCACAAACUUCAAUCCCUAGAAUUGAAGUAAGCAAAACAUCUCAAGGAACUAAUCGAGUUAUAAAUAACGGCGGACAGCAAAUAAAUACUGGUAGUAACCAAGAGAUGAAUUGUAAGAAGAUUAUUAAUGUAAGACUUGAAGAAUUUAUUUAA